AUGGGGGGAAAGUUAGGCACUACGGCGAGUGUUGCAGGGCAGGACGAUCGGUUCGCGGGAACGAAAUCUGGGCUCGUCUUUGAAGGCGAGGGAGCGGACAAUGCAGGCGCGAAUCAGGCAACCCUCGGCCGACUCGUUUCCUCGGUGUCCGUGCAGUCGCACGCGUCGCAGCCUGUCGACGAAAGAUUAGGCAGUGCUGGCGGGCCCUCGGCAAGUUUACUGGCGCACGCUUCAUCAGGACCACGAGGUGCUGCGCUACGACAAUCUGUAUCUUCAUCCACUAUAGGAGCUGACACGAAGCAGCGACAGGAUGUGGCCCGCUUAGCCAAUUACAUCACAAAAAGCUUGCGCUUGGGUCUGCUGCAAAACCCAAUUGCAGAAGCUGAGAACAAGUUGCUAGAGGUGAAAUCCUCAAACAAGGCCGCUGUGACGGACUUGGAGGCUUUCCAGUGUUUCGAAAAGAUGAAGAAGCUAUACAAACUGAAGCUUGAAAGGGAACAGCAGCUUCUUGCGCUCACCCAUGCCGACAGCAGAGCACAGGCAAGAACAGAUGUCGUGUCACCACCAGAUCAUGAAAAUCAGUUCUACGCCGAAUACCGCCUCUCCGCCACACGGCACCGAUUGCGUCGGGAUAUCCGGGACUUGAAGGAGCAAACUUCCGACCAGAGCCUGUACUAUGCCAACCAGGUCCACGCGAUGAAGGAUUUUCUGUGGCAGUUGGGGUAUAAUUUCGAUGAGAAACAGACUUGUGAAAAAACGCUUUUCGCACUGGAGCUGCUUCAUAGCGACGAAAUCACUUUGGUUGAGGUGCUGUUUGAUCUGGUUCGGGAGUAUUUACCGGAGAGGGAAGCGGAAGAACAGUACAGGAUGUACUACGAAGGCCUGUUGGAGGAAGGAGGCGACCACGACGUGCAUGGCUGGAAGUACGGUGCAGCAGGGUCUCCUUUCAACACCUCCCCCAACGGCGGUGCGAGUUCCGACGAAGACAGCGAUGCAUGGACGUCCGAUGAAGAGUCUGACUUUUCCUUGGAGAGUGCCAGUGAGGACUUAUCGAACGAAGAAGCGGACUUUUCUGAUGCGUCCUCAGAUGUUGAUGGCUACAGUGCCAACAAGAACCAAAAUAACCAAGCGUCCGCUCGGUCUUCACUUCUCGACUCUGAGCGCACCGAUUCAGAGAAAGAAGAUCAACACAACACCAGUAAGCACUCCUCGCAAAUCCGUGCUAAACUCAAGGAAAUGAAGCGGAAGGGGAAACGACCACCGCCGCUCGCAGAAUUCCUUCGCUGGAUGCAGCCAGAUUACACACCAAAUGGGGCAGCUGCAACUACAACGACUUCAGGAAAUAGUACGAGAAAGGCUCAGUUCUAUGAUAAUUCCUCAAAGGUGGAACAAGUACACGAUCACCAGCCGCAAAGCGCCACCAGUUCUUUCGACUUUGACCCUGACGCACGGGCUUUGGCGGCCAAAGCGGUUCAUUUGCAAGACCAGGCGAUCGAAAGAAUAGCAGGCCGGAACAACCGAGGUGCAGAGCCGAGUUAUGGCAGAUCCAACGACAAGAACACCCACGAUCGUCGAGAUGGAACUCCACCUGCUUUGAAGCCGCAAUACUCCCGCGCGCUCGAUCACCCGGAGUUCGCCAAUUACCUCCGACAAGUCCGCCGCAUCGACCCGGCGGAGUUUUGUGCUUUCUUGUCGGCCUUCCUUGGCGUUAGCGGAACAACGACCUGGGUCAACCAGCAAAUGCCCCCUGCGCAGGCAGGAGGUGGCAGGUCGGACGCAACUAUAGCAGCUUCGUCAGUGGGAACUGGCCAGGGGGGCGGUAAAAACGGCACAACGGCUGCAAAAACACCAAGCGUUGGGGAGGACCCGUUGCAGCCGGCGAACUUCAAGCCGCUCAGGUUGGUGCCAGAUGCGACGGUUGUCGAAACGCAGCCAAAUAACGGGCAUUUAUUGCAAGUACUACCAGAAGCUUACAACACCAAUCCGCAAGUGCUGCAAGUGCAGUACCAAAAGUCGCAGUCCGAGGACUUUCUUCACCAGCUGAAGCGGCGUCUUCUGACCAAGCACGAGGAGCUCCUGAAGCUGCAGGAAGACUGUGGCUGCUUCAUCAACCACGAAGAAUGGGAGAAGUAUCACGAGAAAAAAGUGUCACAGUUACACGUUUGUUGGAGUUUCCGCAUCACAGAUUUUCCCUGUGUGGUAGAAAAACUUGUAAUGCGAAGAUCAUAAGGGAAAACAGGAAGGAAACGAGGCUCCCAAGCAUUUCCUGCAUGAGAGAGGUUGUCUGUGUUGCCGGUCUUGCAACGCAAUGUGUAACUGUAACACUUUUUUCUUGCGAUAAGAAGCAGUGCCAGCCCGUGGGUUUCGCGAACGAGGCCUUCAACUGGGCCAGUGGGAAGAUCAACUUCGCCCAGCUGUGCGCCAGCUCGGAGCUACAGGAGGGAGUGCUGAUUCGCUGCCUGAAGUCCUUGGAAGAGCUGCUGCGCAAGAUCAAGACGAUCGCGUGCGACCUGAAGAUGGUCAGCCUAGAGCUACUGGCGCUCGACGCCAUACAGAUGGUGAAGAGGGACGUGGUUUUCCUCCCCUCGUUGUACUACGAAAACAUUGACCUCACUGCACGUGGCGAAAGUGGUCGAGAUGAGGAGUAGCUAAUGUCGUCGUGAAAGUUCCUGGCCUUAACUUCGGUUGCGGUUCAUCGCUUUUGUAUAAUCAUCAAUCGAAAUCCUGGACCUCAUCGUAUUGCAUCUCGGCCGUCGUGGCUUUGUAGCUUUCUGCUUCUUGUUGUUGAGCCGCAAACGAAGCGAAGACCACGAAAUAGAGCGUUGAGACCGCAGCUCUCGAAGAGGUUGAAGCGACGCUGUGCGUUUUCUCUCAUUGUUCAGCCUACUCCUGCGCCCGUGAUUCUAUGCGCGGCAAACCUAAAAU